GUCGACCCGAGUCGACCACAACCAAAACAGUAACCCUCAAACGUUACAUGCAGUUUUCCCUUGUUUUAAAGCUAGUAAGGUGUAGCCAACGGGGAAACCAUCAGACACAUGCGAUAUGCUAUAUUUGCACCUAUGACUAUGCAUCCCUUCACAAUUACAGUGAGUGUGGUUCACUAACGGUACCCGGCUCCAGCUAAAAUAGCAUACCGUGUUCUGAAUACAGGACCACACCUGCUCCCUGAGGAAAGGGAGAAACUGACCCAUGGUUGACUGUCGCAGACGCAGACAGUUAGCUAGCUAGAAGCAUCCAUGGUGCCUCGAGACAAGCCGUCAACAAGCCCUCACGAGAAGGCACCUGCAACAUAAACGUAAUUCGAACCCUCUUGGCCGCAGUCGAACAGAAACAACUAAAGGAAAACCGUCCAAGUAAACUCAAACAAAUCUACAGUUGUCCAACUAUCCAGUUCCUGGCAUGCACAUCUCUCAACUCCGGCAAGUGUACCUUUAAGGCGUCCUCAUGGAUCCCGGCAACGAUGUGGCGCUGGAUAUCAUCAUAACUAACGUCGUGGCCACCUUUAGGACCAGAUGCCAUCUGAAUCUGCGGACCAUUGCACUAGAAGGAUUGAAUGUCAUUUACAAACCAGAAGUCGGGAAAGUAUUGAUGAAGCUACGUAAACCUAAAAUCACCGCCUCUAUCUGGUCCUCAGGAAAAAUAAUUUGCACUGGAGCAACAAGUGAAGAGGACGCCAAGGCAGGUGCUCGAAGGCUUGCACGUGUUUUGCAGAAACUUGGAUUCAAGGUGAGGUUCUCGGCCUUCAAGGUGGUAAACGUCCUGGCUGUUUGUUCUCUGCCCUUUCAAAUCCACCUCAUCCAGUUUACCAAGAACAACCGUCCCAUCGCCAGUUAUGAGCCCGAACUCCACCCUGCUGCAUCAUACCGCAUUAAACAGCUCAGGGCGACAAUACAGAUCUUCUCCACUGGCAGCAUCACUCUCACAGGGCCAGAUGUGCAGACCGUGGCCACUGCUGUGGAACAGAUCUACCCGCUGCUGUUCGAAUGUCGGAAGAUAAAGCACUGAGAUAAACUCACUCACAUACACACACACACACUCACACAUUGAAAAGCACCUUACAUAAGAUGUUUUUAAAUUGAUUUUAACUUUUGUUUGUUUGUUUGGUGGUAAUGCGAGUGGCAGCUUCUGCUUUGUUAUGGGUGGCACCUUGGCCCCAGAAGGCCUCCGUCCUCAUCAGUCCUCCGGGGUAUGAGUUGCGUUAGAUACCCGUUGCAUGAGAACAUUGUGUACUUGUGAUAUCGAGCACUCCCGGCUCAAAUUCUGAGGAGUCCUAGGGUGUAGACCCAACAUCAAACUGGCUGUUGUUAAAAUUGUUGUGCUACAAUCAUUGUGACAAAGAGCAUUAAUAAACAUGCAAGUCUGUGUUGUUUUCAAUUGGUCGUAGCACAAUGAACAGUAGGGAAAGACAGUCCUGAAAGACGGUCCUGUUUUUUAUUGCCAGUUCUUUUAUGAUCAACAGAAUCACACGAGAGAGAAUUUGUAUGUGAGUGAGAGAAUGUGUGCAUGGCUGAAUUAAUGUGUGUGUGUGUGUGUGAGAGAGAGAGAGAGAGAGAGAGAGAGAGAGAUUUUCUUUUUUUUAUUUCAACUAUGCGAACUGGCUGGCAAAUCAUUUUCUUUUACAUCAACAUCUGUGACUGCACAUUACACUCGUACUGGUUCUUUCUUUCUUUCUUUCUUUUUCAUUUUAAUUACAAAUAAUUUUAUCUUUGUAUUUUACUACACAUACUGUUAGCCAUGUACUGUCAAAGACUGUCUUAACAGUAAUAACACCCAUAACACUUGAAGACCUUCCAUCAAGAGUGACCCUACAUAUGUAGACGGCCGUACCUGAGCAUACCUGCCUACUCUCAAGCAAGCUUAAGCCCUCCUUCUGCUUUGAAAGAAUAGUUAUAACUCAAGCUUAUCUCUGUGAAGGGCACGUUUUGGUUCUGUACAAAGUCUCACACAGUGUCAUGUUUCAUUUUUUUGUAUUUUGUAAAAAAAAAAAAAAUUGAAUAAAAAAAAAUCUAAAACAUUUAUAACCUAAAACAAAUGCUUUAUGUCAUAUUUGAUUGAAUCUUGUUCAAGAAAUGAAUACCUUUGUGCAACAUACUUAAAGGCACCCUUAACUGUUUUUUGACCUUAACAUAACAUUUACAAAUAAUUUUGAUGGCACAUAACCUCAUAACAUGACAAAUGGCACUUCUGACAUUGUCUGAGCGGCCCUCUAUGCGACUAGCAACUUUUUAGUUGCUAAAUAAUCCCUCUGAAAUUCUGGAAUUGAAACGCAAAAGAGCUGCUAUGCUACAUACAUUUGG